AUGAUAGAGUCUAACAGAUUAUCCUACUUGAGAUUGAACCAGACAAGUUUGAGGUCUGAUAGCUACGACUCUAUCAAGCAAGCGGAAGACCAAGGUGUUGUUGAAAUGGAGGAACAAGGCAAUAAAUUUCUACUACCUGCGAGUUUCACUGGUGGACCAAGAUACAUGAGGGAGUUGUAUUUUGACGCCAUGGCCAUUUGUAGACAUCAUGGAUUUCCAGAUCUUUUCAUUACUUUUACAUGCAAUCCUAAAUGGCCAGAAACUGAUCAAGGAACUUAUUACAAGGGAACUCGCAGGGACCCGUUGAUGAUAGGAUUUUGUGUGGAUGUGAUAAGAUAUGAGGUGGAAUGCAAACAGGGUGAAUAA